AUUAUGCCGAGCCUUGGUAACUCCCACAGGCGGCUGUCAGGUCUGGAAACCCGAUGGCGAAUCCCACCACAGAACAGGGCACAUCAUGGUUGCUCGGCGGAAACAGGUAGGUAGCGAUAAGAAGAUAGGUAUCCCCAUCAGUCCUAGGCGCAGGUGGCAGGCAGCUGGAGGUGCACACCUACCCGGUCCAAUGCCACUCCGACGCUCCCCGCUUCGAGAGUUGGCAAGGUUGCAAGCCUGGGAAGGUAGCUAUGAAAGCACGUCGUCAACUGGAACCCGGCCUAGCCUAACCUUCCACUCUCUACCCUAUCCACCUACCUCUCCGCGCCCAAGCGACCCCUCCUCCUCCCUCCUGGUGGAAUAAAUACCCACGAAAUCAGGUCACCUUCGUCAGUACGCCAUAUCCUACAUACCUCCUACCUAGGUAUCGUAACCCGUCUGCCUAACGCUUCUCUUUUGCUCUUCUUCGCCUCUCCCACUCAACUUACUGCUACAAGAUCGUGUAGUCGCCUCCGCAAUCGGCAACUCUCGAGCCUUUAUUAAGUGGAAUAGGAUGCGCGCCUUGCCCACAGCUCAGCCAGCAUGUUGACCUGCGCCGUUCGUUCGACUGGUUCCGGGGCGAUGCCGCUCCGGGCCAGAGCCACCGCGUCCACCGCCUUGGGACCUACCAGCGCCCUCUUGUCAAAGGCGCGCCAUAACCAGCAGACUCGAGCCUUUCGCUUCGGCCUGUGGUCCUCCUACCUCGACCCCCAGUUGCAGAGGGAACUCCAACACCGCCAACGGAUGCUGAGACACGGGUAUGCUGAGGCACUCAAACGGAAGUUGUCGUGGGACCAGCGUCACCUCGAUGAGAACCCGAAAGCUAUCUUCAGGUACAUGCUCCGCAAUUAUUGGUAUCGGUCUCGGGCGAGAUGCCCCCCACACUUUGCCGAUCAGGAAUCAAAUGACCCGCAUCAACAUGGUCGGGGCGAUUCCGACGUCAGGAACGCACGGAUAAACACGUCUUGGGCUCCUGGUCUAUGGGAUGGUUACCACACAUGGAAAUCACAUAUGGGUGAGGCAAUGAACAACUGGACGGAAUCGAAAUCGAAAACCACUUCUCGGGCCGAUGAACAUGCGCAUUCGCAGCCUCGGACGGCAAGUGCCGAGCCGACCCAAAAGAACGGACAUUUCACAAAUUCUAUUUCUACCGAGGACUACAUAAUCGACCCCAUCACCAACCGCAAGGUUCCUAAGAGCACCUACGGCAUGUAUAACGACACGGAUGCGACGUCGGCCGAUUCUUUCAAGGCAUACCGUGCUCAAUUCGCUACGUCCACUCCGCCGCACCCCGUACACUCAAAUGGGCCACCUCCCCUAGCUGAGCUCAAGGAGUACAGCCAGGUCAAUAUCGAUAAAGUACCCGCAGCGGUAUCUGGAGACGGCGUAAAGCCUUCCCGUAGUUCUACCUCGCAAAGUAAAGAACAUGAAACAUAUCAACAUGAUAAGCUCAGCGAGCAAGCCCAGGCUCAGGAUCCGACCAAGAGCUAUACCGACCUAGACAAGUACAAGACAUAUGGACCGAGGGAAGCAGAAGAUGCUGCCGCAGAUGCACCUCAUCACUCCGAGGAAUUGAAAAAGUACAAACCGUAUAUGCACAACGAGAAUAAGAAAAUUGAAAACCAGACGGCGCCGUAUGAUGAUCUCGAUCAAUAUGGACCAUACAAAUACCAAGAGGACGUAAAAAGAGACGGGCCUGCUCCCAAGUAUGACGACCUGGACAAAUAUAAGGAUUAUAGCGACAAUGUCGAGCCCACGAAGGAUUCUACUCCCAAGGGUGAGUAUUUUCAGAAGUUCGAUCGGUUCAUCUUCGGAGAUUCUACCACGGAGGACCAACCCUUCCAGCAAUAUGGUGGAUUCGAUAAGUAUCGGACCUUUAAGUCACAGGAGCUCGAUAGCAAGUCUGCUCUCGAACAGGAAAUCGUCGUGGACAGUCCUACGAAGUAUGAUACAAAGUACCAUGAUUUGAAUUCAAGUGCAGACCCCAGGCCUAGUCCCCUCGACAAGCUUCAAGCACUCGGGUUGCACCAGUUUAGGACUCUUUCGUCGAACCCCCACGUGGAAGUAAUGCCGCCCUCGAAGAAGAGUGACGAAUCGUCGACCGGGGACUCGAGAUCCCGGGAUGUUCUCGAGCAAUCCAUGGUUCACCACAUUGCCGCGUCUGACGCGGCGGAUCAGGACGCCAGCGUGAGCGUCAAGGAGUUGCGCACAAAAGCGGGGGCGCAAGACAACCGAGAUGGCCACGCUGAACUAUCAGGUAACUUUGUUCGAGAUUUUCCUGAGGACUUCUCCGCGUCGUGGAGUUCCCGAGGCUCAGGUUCUAUCUCCGAGCCCAUAACCGACUCGACGCCGAAAGAGCUCGACCAAAGGAUGACACAUAUUCAGGCGGCCGAAAACCGAUACUCAGAAGACCUUUCCAAGGCUACUAGCGCUGCGAGAUUGGAGACUAGUUUAGAUAGGAAGCAGGCCAAACCAAUCUUGGAGUCCGCUCUGGAUCGGCUCGAGGGGAAAACACCAAAAAGAAUGGUGAGUCACGGCCUGGAAAUGCGGGCGGAGGCCGAUCCAUACUCGAAAGAACCCCGGGGCCUGGAAACGUCAUAUACUCAGGAGCGCAGUGCCGAGGAUCAAUCCCAAGUUUUUAGCAAAACAUAUGGGGGCGAGGCGAAGACAGGAAAACAUGAAUCUCCAUUGGCGAUGGAGGAAAUUAGCGAAGCUAUGCCUUCCCUCGAAUCUCUGUACGGCAGAGACCCCGAGAUUGACGGUCGGCCGCUGACUCCGCCGUCUAUAUCAGACCCGGAGGCUGAGUCAACCCAAAAUACCGAGCCAACGAUAUACAAGAUCCUAGCCUAUGACCCCACCAUGCAGAAGGUCGACGUCGCUGAGACUACGUCGAUAGUGUCUGACCAAUCUGCCCCGCUGACACCGGCCGAAGUGCUGCUUCGUCUGUCGAACCCGACAAAAUUCUUCCCGCACUUUGCACCACUUCAAGCCGAGGGUUUCGAGAUCGUGUCUGGCGGCGGAGACGUGUUGGUUUUCCGCAAAGUCCGAAGGGUGAGAGCGGCAGACCAGACGGCGGCCGUGCCAGUCAAUCCCAUCGACAUGAUGGGCAAGCCGACGGCGCUACCCAACGCGGCAACGUUCACGUCGCCGACAGGAUUCGUCAACUACAACACGCUGCAGGUCGAGGAGGUGGCCCAGGCGCCGCCCUUCCGCUCCGGCAUCGACGUCAGGAGGGAGGAGCCCGUGUUCAGCGGCCCCAAGGCACCGCCGAAACGCAAGAGGAACCUCGGAAAGCGGGUGCUCGUAGGUGGCGCCUGGGCCGCCGGGAUUUCGUACGCGAUCGGCGUGGUGAGCGAGUACUUCGCGACGGGUGGUGCCGAUGGUCGGGGACCGACGGGGUUUUGAGGGAAUUCUUGGAGUGCAGCGAUGAUGGGGGGGAAGACGGGACGAGGGUGAGCAGUUUAUUGGUUCACGUUAUGACAGUAUUCCUAUUCCAGCCGUGAGAUGAAAUGGAAUUACGACGACGGAAAUAAGGAGUAUUGGCCAGUUUUUUCUUGAUUUUUGGGGGGUUUUUGGGGGUUUUUGCGUGUAUCAUAACGCGGUAGUAACGGAGCUCGUACUUCCCUUGGGUCAGGAUUGGCGGUAAACAUGGGUGGGCUUUCGUCUCUCUCUUCGGGCACACGGUAUUCGUUGGCAAAGUCCCUUUUGUUUCCACAACCUACUGCAUUAUUGUUUUCUUAUAUAGAGUAGCUAGCUAUAGGAGUUCGGAAAAACUGCCUACUUGGUAUACCUACUAC